AUGCCUUCCAUUACGCACGCUCAGCUGCGUAGCGGCGCGUCUACAAGCCAGCAAGCUGCAGGCAAUGAAGAAGAAACGAGAAGAGCUGCUAUGCAAGCAGCAAUGAUGGAUGAUCUGGGCAUAGCUCGCGUGGCAGAGUUACCCCUGGACGAUGGACAUGGGGGUCGUGAUCGUCACAACCGCGGCCCUGGUGCCAAUCUUAACCACCCAGCGCCUCUCCCGAUGCCCUCGGCGUCUUCACUGUCACGCCAAAGUGGCAAUGCUGGAGCAGCGAGCUCGAGCGCGGGUGAUCUGUGGAGACAGGCUUAUACUGCCGGCAUCUUCGAUGAUGAGGAUGCCGCGGCAGUCAGGGGCCUAGAUGACCUUGGUGGUGGGAGAAUCUACGAACGGGUCGUUAGCCAGACGAUGGAGAUCCUCAAUCAGCACACCAGGAGCAAUCCGAUGAUUCCAGCAGCCCCUGUUGCUGGUCCUUCAAGCGGUGCGGUAGUUCCUAGCUCCAACACUCCGCUGCCUUUUGUGGACACUUUCGUGGUACUCAAUGUUGUCUACCAGCGGUCGAUCAGGUUUUCGAGCCGGGAUAUCAGGGAGCCGGCUCCUGCGAUUGUCCUCCUAUCAGCAGUCGGGCCGCCAGCAAAUGGCGGCUUCACGGUCGUGAUUUGCAACCACAAGUACUGCCAAUGGCCGAUCUCCGCGUGGUACGAUUAUACCAGCGGCCCUGAUCUGCUGUUGGGCGUUUUCUUCAAGGAGGACAAUGGAACCAUGCACGGCUAUGAGCUUCAUUUCGAUGAGCAGAAUGACCUGCUGGAUUUUAUGGCUUUUGUCCAGAGGCUCAGGGAGGGCCGGAUCUCUCCUCCAGUCGGCCAAGCAUAUACUUCCCAUAGGUCGACGGCGCUACAUUCUCAGCCCGCUUCCGGCGCACCUCAUCCUGGUCCCGCGAUGGUACCAACUCAACUCGCUCCCAUCGCGCCUCUUCAGCACACUCAGACUGCUCCUCUUCAGUCCGCGCCUGCUGCUCCUCCCCCGGCUCCGGCGAUCAACGCAAGGAGUCCUCAAACUGCAGUUGCUGGUUCUUCUGAUGCUGCGGUUGAUACUCAACCUAGACGUGGGUCGGAGCAGCCGCAGGAUAGUCUCCCAUCCCAUCGGACCGCAAGGGGUCCUACGGGCGAAUCGAAUCAACCCGAGGCACGAGCCUCCUCGUCCGCCAACACUAGCAACACCGCACCGGUGGUUGCUGCGGCAAGUACUCGGUCAACAGUGGCUUCGAUUCUUGGAGACAGCCUAGCCGAGAAUAAGACCGAAGAUGUCAACUUCGUCAGCCAUCAAUACACGACGUCAUCCCCCGGCCAUGGCACAGUCGAUGCUACUUCCAUAGCGGGAAUGUCCCCGGAGGGAGUUUCGGUUGCGGUUCGCGGUCUCUUCCAGUAUUUCCUCAGCAACCCAAACCUUGCUGCUAUCUGGACGGCUGAAAAGAAGAAGGAGAUGGCUUCGGCAAUCAAGACAGGUGUUUUAGACCACAUAGCACAGGAGGCAAGAUCUCAGGGACUCGACGAUCAGCAAGUUCACGGUAUCGGGCAGUUGCUCGAUGACACCCUUGCUCCCCUCAUUCAAGAUGGCCAGGGCGAGUCUGAUCACCAGGGCGAGCCGGACCACCAAAGCGGGACGUCGCGUAUUCGAUACCCCAUUGAGGAGCUGAUCUCAAUGCGACCCGGCGCCGUCAGCCCUCCUGCCUUCUUAGCCGAUAUCCCGCAUCUCCCGAAGCCGAAUGAGCGGAGACAGCUUCAGAGGGUCCUUGAUGCCAUGAUUUGGGUCCAAGGGGAAGCACCAUUGAUGGACAUAGAGGAGACUCCCAAGGUAGAACCGGAGGCGGCCGCAGCUCCCGCCCCAACUGUUACGAGACCUGCUGAUACUCAGGUCACGGGCCUUCGGGGCUCACGUUGGGCAUCUGACGAGGCUCAGAUCAGGCACGCAAAUCACUUCACUGGUCCGGCGUACGAGAAUGUCCGGUCCGGGCACGGUCACAUGAAUGAUCUCGCUCAACUUGAGCCCCAAGCCCAGGUGACUGGUUCAAGUGUAGACCUUAUUGGUCUUGACUUCCACGUCUCAGACACCGACACGGCUAGAGCGGGACUUGAAAACUCUCAGGUAGCAGUUGACCACAUUAGUCAGGCGUCUGCCCUGACUAAUAGCACCUAUACGACCACCGAUAAGAUUGAGAAUCUUGGCCUCAGCAUGUCUCGCCUAACGAUCAGGUCCCCGACAAAGGCUCGAGCGCAGCUGGUUACGACCUCAGCGGCCCAGUCAUCGGACCGGGGUUCAGUUUCCUCUCCCGGCCCCGCUGCCCCGACUACCCUCCACCCGACCGCGCCGGUGUUCACACCUAACACGCUCCUACGUCCCUCGGUGAACCCUGCCCCGGUGCUCCGCAGUUGCCGGCAGCGACGGCGCCACGUCAGACCUUGCCAGCCCAUCCCUUGGCCGCUCCUGAAACUCAGGCAAGGCCGCGGGGCCUUCUUGCGUCAAGACAUGCCCCUGGAAGUGGACUUGCCCGGAAGUAGCCGCCGAGCCACCUACUAGGUGCUGACUCCUGUAUCCGGCCUCCAUCUACUCAUUUACUGGAGAAGAAAUCUCGGAAGUCACGGUAGGAGCGACUUUCGUUUUUCAGGAUCACAGACAUCGUGUGAAAAAUACACCAUGUACAACUGAAUGUACGUACCUCGUCGCCAAGGCACUCGAUCAACCUGGGCAGAAUGCCUACAUGCUACGGUUCGUGGG